AAUUCUACGUCAUCAACACGCGCCGACGGGCAAAAAGGUUCGUGUUUCGAGGCUGAUUUGUUUUGUACAGAUAAAGAAUGCCUUUAGGGUGUCUAAGGGUGGCCCUGAGCCGUACAGUGAGGGCCUUGAGCUCCUCCACAAUCCCAGUCACGCUCCUUGUCCUGUAUAAACCCCAGUACAGCAGGACCACAUGGGGUUACCUGGGCACAAAGACCCAGCAGUGGACGCUGUUCUCCACCGUAGCGGGUGACGACGGAGACGCCACUGAGAACGAACCUGAGGACAAGAAAAAGAAGAAGAAGAAACAGGAUCCAAAAGCUCGAACAACUAUCAGUAGCGUGGGAAGGAAGAUCCACGACCGGCUCCUGCUCCUGCUGGACGAGGAGGGUGAGAACCUGGGGACCGUCCACCGUGCCGACGCCCUGAGGCUGAUGGAUGAGAAAGGGCUGAAGCUCGUGACCGUAAACGAGAACGCGGAGCCGCCAGUGUACCGGCUCAUGAGCGGAAAACAGAUUCACGAGGAGCAGAUGAAACUGCGGGAAAAACAGAAAGCCAAGGCAACAGGUGUCGUCCAGGUGAAGGACCUGACUCUGUCCUCUGAUAUCGCUCUACACGACUUGGACACAAAACUGAAACAAGUCACAAGCUGGCUGGAUAAAAAGCACCACGUGAGACUGACGCUGAAGCCCAGACGAGACCAGAGCGAUCAGGCGCUGGACUCGAUCCUGGACGAGAUGGUCAGGAGAAUAACAGCUCCGCUCGGCUUCGUCAACAAACCCAAACUCAUCCGUGAGGGUCGAGCCGCCAGCUGCGUCCUGCGUCCUCCGUCUGCUAAAGAGCUGCAGGCUCAGAGGACGCGACCUGCAGCACAGACUUCCUCCAACUCCCCAAAACCAAACGCUGAGAAACCGGAAGCUCCGUCGGAGCAGCACAAAGACUCUCAGCAGCAGUGACGUGAUGAGAACGAAGCAUUUAUUCACACACACACACACACACGGGCGGCAUCGAAGAACACGACAAAAACAAUCCGUUUAAUAAACAUUACUGAGAUCAGGAUAUAAAUCCUGUUAGGUGUUUUAGGGAACGUGUUUUCACUGUGAAUCGUUUUUCAGACAUUUUCUGAACUCACACUGCUGUAACAACUCUGGGGUUCAUGGGGUUACGAGUAAAUAACUGAAUGUAAA